ACUGCUGAUCACACCAACACUGCCUUCGAUCACUCACAUCUCACCUACCAUGUUCCCAACACUACGCCUGUUCUCGCGGACAACAUAUCGAGGCGCCGCGGGCUCGGGUCCCGGUCGCUCAGGAAACACGGCCUUCCGUUCCUCCCCCGACUCCCGCAAAUCACCCACCGAUCUCGCUUCCGCAAAUUGGUUCAAGAGGUCCCAACGAGGUCUCUACGAUGGAGCUCAGCUGCAGACGGGUAACAACGUACCAGAGUCUCGUCAGAAGACCAAGAGGCUGUUCAAGCCAAACGUGCAGAGAAAGGCCAUCUGGAGUGAAGUCCUGAAUGAAUGGGUCAGACUGAGGCUCACUACAAGAGGGCUCAGGUCGAUUGAGAAGAAGGGUGGACUGGACCAAUACAUUGCUAGCACAUCCGACUGGAAAUUGGGAGAGUUUGGCAGGACUCUCAGGACCGCAAUGGGCAAAAAGGCAAGAAUUCUGCAAAGAGAGGCACAACUCGCGCAAGCCCUUGCCGCGACGGCGCCAAAGGGAACUCAGCCUCGGGCAACUGGACGCAAGGUGGCAGCAAGCCGGGCCGCCAGCGACGUGGAUCAGACAGCUCAAGCAUUGGAGGGCAUGGACAUUGGCGCUGCAAGAGCUGCCGAAGCAACAUAAGCCUUGCCCUGAGCUGGAUGGCCACCCUGAGGCUCGAAACGACGGGCACGAAGGAUUCUUGGCCCGAAUCUGGCAGAGGACUUAGUCCCUUAGACAAUGUGAAGAGGCGCUUUACUCGGGCCCCGCUGUCGCAGUUCAAGGCGGCUUGUCCUACGCCCCGCCUCCGUAGACAGUAAAGUUGGGGUCCUCCCUCGUUCGCACCAUAUCCGAUCCUCAUCGGGGCUCGAUCUCUCACUUCACUUGUACAACAGCAUUACAUUUCCCUCAGCAAUUCAAUGAUCCCCAGACUCGGACAUGGACUGAGUGUGGCUCGACGACUCGGGCGGCGGCUGUGUCAGGAGGACCCAGAAGCUAGUCUAAGCGAGGCGGGGUGAGCUGCAGC